CCAAGCACAGAAGGAUGAUCAGAGUGCAGGGUCAGCCUCUGAUACACAAGCGUUUCGGACUAGCCUGGGCUAAAUCUCAAAAGGAAAAACAACAACAACAAAAUAGCCAAACCGGAUGCCGCUGACCAUGGCGAGCCUCUACUUGCUCUGUGCCUCAGUUUCCCCAAAUGUCUCCUGUGUACUCAGCAUCAGGCCUGGUACACAGUUAGCACCCGUGUUGGGGCCAUGCAAAUUGAAUGCAAAUGUCUUCCAAGACACAGCACACUGGGUAAGAUAGGAGGUGGUCUAGCCUCAGGGAACAUGGGCACUGGUCAGGAGUGUUCGGGUGUUUAGACACUGUGUGUAGUGAGCGGAAGUACUAAUACUUUGAUGGAAGACGUGCAGCCUGGUAGGGAAAACUGAGGCACACAGUAGGAUCCUCCUCCAGGGUCACCUCCUGCUGUCACCCUCUCCUCUCCUUGCCUGGGCUCCCUAUCCAUUGCUAGGACACGCCAAGCACCCUCAGUCUCAAGGCCUCUGAACCCCUUAUUGCCCCAAGUGAAAUAUCCACUGUCCCACCACCGUGUCCCGCCGCGCGCACACCCACUAUCAUCUCCCCGCAGGUCAAGGCCCAGGAUGAGGCGCUGGAAGGCGGCGGCCCUGGUGUCGCUCAUCUGUAGCUCCCUGCUGUCUGUCUGGAUGUGCCAGGAGGGUCUGCUCUUGGGCCACCGCCUGGGACCCGCGCUCGCCCCGCUGCGACGCCCUCCACGCACCCUGGACGCCCGCAUCGCCCGCCUGGCCCAGUAUCGCGCUCUGCUGCAGGGCGCCCCCGACGCAGUGGAGCUUCGAGAACUCUCUCCCUGGGCUGCCCGCGUCCCGGGGCUGCGCCGUCGAGCGGGCCCCCGGCGUCGGCGUGCGCGGCCAGGAGCGCGGCCGUGCGGGCUCCGUGAGCUGGAGGUUCGCGUGAGCGAGUUGGGCCUGGGCUACACGUCGGACGAGACCGUGCUGUUCCGCUACUGCGCAGGUGCGUGCGAGGCGGCCAUCCGCAUCUACGACCUGGGCCUGCGGCGCCUGCGCCAGCGGAGGCGCGUGCGCAAAGAGCGGGUGCGAGCGCACCCGUGCUGCCGCCCGACGGCCUACGAGGACGAGGUGUCCUUCCUAGACGUGCACAGCCGCUACCACACGCUGCAAGAGCUGUCGGCGCGGGAGUGCGCGUGCGUGUGACGCUACCUCACAUCCCGACCUGCGAAGGGGCCCUGCAGAGCCGUGUGAGAACUGAAUUCACAUAAAGUGUGGGAACUCGCGUG